AUGAAACGUAAACCGGGAGAAACUAUUCAAGAGUUGGCUGCUCGAAUUCGGCAUGAUGCGGCCAGAUGCAAUUUUGCUGAAAUUAGGGAUCCCCAAGACGAAGCCCUACGUACAAGAUUUAUGUGUUCAGUAAGCAACGAAGCAGUACUUAAAGCGUUUUUCAAAAUGAAAGACCAGGAGCUCAAUUUUGCGAAGGCUGUUUCAGUUGCCACGGAAAUUGAAGAGGCGGCGAAAGUUGCUAAAGAAACUACCUUCGGAAUCAAGGGUUCGGGUCAAGGGGUGAAUCAAGUGCGACAAACGUCGACAAAGUAUCACGAUGACGCAAGAAACCAAAAGAAAAGUGGUAAGGAGGAAAAGGCAGUAUGUUUUCGCUGUGGCAAAAAAGGUCAUUUGGCAACGAAAUGCAAAUUUAAAGAGACGGAGUGCCAUUUUUGCCACAAGAAAGGCCACCUCCAAGCUGUGUGCAAUUCAAAAAAGAGACUGGAAGCCCGUGAACAACUGAAAGUUAUUACCCAGCGACUGAACACAGUCAAGAUUCAAAAGCAAGUGCGCCAGCUAAUUCAGCCCAUAGAUUUAAAGGGGCAAAAGUUCAAUUUUGAAGUCGACACUGGUGCUGGCGAUAAUUUUUGUUCAGUAGAGGUAUGGAAGAAGCUCGGCAAACCAGACCUUACAGCAGUGGAUGUCGUAUACGAAGUUGCUAAUAAACAACCAUUACCAGUCCUUGGCUCUUUUGAAGUUGAUGUUAAAAUUCAUAAUAAACACGGAGUGAUACGUCAACCUCUUAAUUUCAAUGUCACAGAAGUGCAAGGACUUAACCUGCUAGGACGACAUGGCAUCCAAAAGAUGGUUGUCGAUCUAAAUUCGUUGAUAUCCGGAGAGUCUUCACUAGCGAGAGAAGUGCACGCUGUGUUUGACCAUUUACAUACUGAUAAUACCUUUCAAAAGGCAUGCCGUCAGCUCUGUGAUGAAUUUUCUGAUAUUUUCAAACCAGAACUCGGAUGCCUAAACGAUUUUGAACUAGAUAUCACGUUCAAGUCAGAUGCUAAACCAGUUUUCUGUAAACCACGUUCAGUUCCUUUAGCAAUGCAAGAAGAUCUUAAUCGGGCAUUAGAGAUAGGAAUUCGUAAAGGCGUGUGGGAACCAACCCCUUUCUGCGAAUAUGGUACUCCAGUGGUACCCAUUCGAAAAGCAGUGUUACCUGGCCAAACCAGAGCCAAUAUUCGUGUUUGUGGCGACUACACUCGGUUACUGUCAACCCUCAAUUGGAGGACCAUCGCCAAGUACUCCCUCUACCUGAGGAUUUGA